AUGACGAUGAAAGCGCUACCUGUCGGCGAGAAAACGACGAAUGCGUCGGCGACGCGUCGGAGAUCGAUGUUUAUUGUCGUCAUCAUCGCCGCCGCCUUUUUCACCGCUCAUCUCUUCAUCAGCUACGGAUUUACGGACAAGCAACGCACGAGGGCGCCACCGCCUUCGCCGGGGAAGCCGGAUUAUAAUCGAAUAACCGUGGAAGGCAAGGCUCUAUCAUCAGAACACACGACGCGACGCAACGAGGUCACGACGCGACGCAACGUAGUGACGUCGUCAGUGAACGGUGCGAGCGACGAUGACGACGUGAUCCGCGACGUCAUCGACAUACGCGAAAUCAAACUGAUCAUCAACAACAGAGUCGGCAGCGUCGGAGACAAGUACGCCGCGCGACGCAACGCCGUGCGUCGGACGUGGGGCAGCGUCAGAUGCGUCGGCUCGCGUCGUCUGCGCCUGCUCUUCGUGCUCGGCUCAUCAGCCGACGCGGCGACGCAGGCGCGCGUACGCAGAGAGAGCGACGUGCAUGGCGACAUCGUGCAGGCCGCCUUCAUCGACGACUACCACAACGUCAGCUACAAGCACGUGCUCGCGCUGCGCUGGGCGGCGCGCUACUGCGCAUGCGCCGACGUCAUCCUCAAACUCGACGACGACGUCUUCCUGGAACCGUACAACGCCGUCGGUUGGCUCGUCGGCUGGCUGCGCAACCCGGCCGUCGUCGCCGACGACAACGUGAUCGCCUGCAAGAUAUGGGCGUCGCGCAUUCAUCGCGACCGCAAGAACAAGUGGUAUGUGAACGAGGCGAUGCUCAACGGCACCAACUACCCGCCCUACUGCCUCGGUCCCGUCAUCGCCUACACGCCGGCCGCCGCCCGUCGGCUCGCCGACUACGCAGCGACGCGCGACUACCUGCGCUCGCCAUCCACCUGUACGGCGUCGGCGGCAACUUCUCGGCGUUUGACGGCGCGUCGCUGCGCUGGCUGGCGCGGCCUGACGCGGCGGGACCGCUGCCCGGGUUCGCCGUGCUGA